AUGCGCAGUCGGUGGGUUGACUCGCUUAAGCGCACCAUUUCAGCGUCUCCACGACCAGAUGAACGCUCUCCACAGUCUUCAGGAGUCACGUGUACACCUACAACAAGAUCUACGCUUUCUUCUGUAUCUAUUCCAAGUCUAAAUGGUGCCGAGAAUCCUGCUUUUGUUCAUGAUACCGACCGAUGCGAUUGUGUUGGCGCUUGUAGCGUUGCACGUGUGCUAGAGAACUGCGUACUGCAAGGUGGUGUGCACCACACACACAUGCAUGUGCUCACGUAUCAUGGUCGACCGUUACGCUUUGAUUGCUGCUGUUAUCCGGUAUCGGUGCAAUGGUUUCGAGCUGUGGGAGAUCAGGACGAUUUUCAAGUGAUUCCAGGAGCUUGUGACGAGUGGUACACGCCCACAGCUGAUGAUAUUGGCGCUAGAAUAUUGGCAAAAGUGAUGAUUGAGGACGAAGACAAGCUUAAGACCAAGAUGCUCGAGUAUGGACCUAUUAAAGAAGACCCGGAAGUCAGGAACAAGGUGGAGAUGUAUCUCGAGAGAAAGUCAGUGCUAUUCAUGGGACUUCGAAGUAUCUCGGUGCAAGAUGGAAGUGAACAUUUGCAUGAGGAAGAAAUGAGAGAGAGCUGGACGCUGCUUAUUGAUGAUCGAAGGCUGAGAUUGACGUGUGAGUCAUCGCUUAUUCCACCGUUUGAGAGUCUGUACACUGCAGAUAUCAAGCUAGAGAUGGUUUGCGGCACAUCUAACGAGUUUUUUCUACAUCUGGCCGAAGGAUGCUACGUUCGGCUUCGUGUCGAGUCUAAUACGGUACGCGAUAUCAUCGUGCUCACGCUGCGUGCCUUUUGUAAGACAGCCAUAUCUGGCGAGACUACCCACGUUGCUGUCGCAUGCGGACUGUCGCCGAUGCUGGCUGGACGCAAGAUUGCGCAGGAAGAAGAAACAAAGAAGCAGCCCUCAGUAGGUGUCAGUGCAAACUUUGGCGGAUUACUGGGAUUGAGUUGCAUGCUGAGGUUGUACACGCCGUCUCUUGAUUACGACCAGCAGGCUCAGGCCCCACCCCGACCUCCAUCGCCGGCUCUGGCAUACGAUUUGCCAUGGACUCGAUUGGCGAGCAGCUCUUUCAGUGUAGAUCAUCCCGAGUCGACGGCAACGAGCACCGUACUAGAAGAGCUGGACGAGUCCUCAGGGGCAGAAAGCGGGCGACCGAGUGUGACAAGCAGUGGGCGACCAAGUGUGACAAGCAGCGGGCGACCAAGUGUGGCAAGCAGCGGGCGACCAAGUGUGACAAGCAGCAUGGAUGAAGGUGUUGGAGGUGAUACGUGGCAGCAUGACGACAGCUUGGAUGAUUCUUUGUUGUCGGAUGCCGAAGCGUUGAUCGGCAACGCGCAGAAAAUGGGUAUUCGGUACAAGGUUCUGCCGCGCGCUCCGAAGCAAAUUUCAAUCCUAGAUAUCCCUGACUUGCAGAUAAUUGAGGUGAUGGAAACUUUGGAUGACCAGGCCAUUCUAGGCAGUGCAUACUGUCGACAAGAAGCAGAGAGCACGCGGCAGCAGCAGCAGCAACGAGACCAGUGUCUUCAUCAAGGAAGCAAUGGCAGUGCAGGUGGCUGCGCUUUGGAUGAUAGUAAUGAGAGAGAUGAAAGGAACAAUGACGUCAGUGGAAGUAUAGCUGCUGGGAUACCCGAAAUGAUCGAUGCUAGCUGCAUCGAUAAAGCUAUUGAGGACUUUAUGGUUGAUGCUACUCUCAAAAAAAGUGUGGACGUAACAGCAUUACGAGACCGAUACGUUGCAAUCUUCUGCUCACUGCAACGCGAGCUCCACACGUACAAACAGCGCGUCGUGACAUUGUCAAAGCAGCUUGAGGAAAAGCAGGAGCUCAAUGCGAGCUUUCGUAAGGACAUUGAAUCGUUACAUAGCGCCCUCACGUCCAUGCAGCUUGCUGACAAAGUAUACGAUCUCGUGUCCACUGAUCUUCAACAGCUUGUAAAGCGCACGCCAUUAAUGCCAAAUAUUUCGUUGUAA